CCGGACCAGACACCUCCCCGCUGCUGGCUCCAGCCCUUCCCCGCGUGGCCCCGCCCCCGCCCUCGCUCCCUGCCCAGGCCCGACCCCUGCGGAGCCCAGAGACGCGGGGACACAGGCUCGAGGCGUCUGCCGCACCUCAGCCCACGACCUGCCCCGCUGGGAGGUGCGGGCCGCUGGCCAGGCCCUGACCGCAACCUGGCCCAGAGGCCCCAGCCCUCAGGCAAGGUUCUCCGGUGAAGCCACAGCCUGGCCACCUGUCUCGAUCUCCCCACCGAGAAGGCCCCGCCCCUCCCGCUGCAGCCCCACAGCAUGCAGCCCCAGGAGAGCCACGUCCACUAUAGUAGGUGGGGGGACGGCAGCACGGACGGAGUCAGCCUAGGGGCUGUGUCCAGCACAGAAGAGGCCUCGCGCUGCCGCAGGAUCUCCCAGAGGCUGUGCACGGGCAAGCUGGGCAUCGCCAUGAAGGUGCUGGGCGGCGUGGCCCUCUUCUGGAUCAUCUUCAUCCUGGGCUACCUCACAGGCUACUAUGUGCACAAGUGCAAAUAAAUGCUGCCCCGCAUGCACGCGGGGGGCUGGCCGCA